GUGGUGAUUUGUUUGUUUGAAUAUUCGUUGGAUCACGGAAUAAGAUGGCUGAAUUUGUACGCGGUGGACCCAGCGUGUCAAACAGUGCAAAGAUUGAUCAUCCAAGCAAAGGUGGCUCGCCAAGUACGGGCAGUGAGGAUGGAGCACCUAAUGAGUCACUCAAUGUCGAGAGCGAGUUUGACCCUUUCUUGGAAAAUAUUCCAGACGAUCCACAGGACACCGAGGAGCCUGACAGUGCAAAUGCAACGUUACUCACUGCACCACCGGAGAUUCAGUGGUAUCAUGGCCGACUGGACAGGUUUACAGCGGAGGAGCGUUUGUGGGAUGCGAGUAAAAUGGGCAGCUAUCUGGUGCGCGAGAGCGAUAGAAAGCCAGGAAGCUACGUACUGUCUUACCUGGGUCGGACAGGAAUCAACCAUUUCCGCAUAACAGCUGUUUGCGGUGACUAUUAUAUCGGUGGUCGCCAGUUCAACAGUCUCUCGGACUUGGUGGCGUACUACACCCACUGCUCGGACCUUUUGAAACGGGAGCGUCUAAUUCAUCCAACGCCACCACCUGAGCCUGUCAACGAUAAAAAAAGAAUUGUCGCUAUUUUGCCGUAUACAAAAAUGCCGGAUACGGAUGAACUGAGUUUCCAGAAAGGCGACAUAUUUUUCGUGCACAACGACAUGGGAGACGGUUGGCUGUGGGUGACCGCCCACAGAACGGGGGAACAGGGUCUCAUAUUUCGUGAGUUGGUAGAGGAUUUGGAUGACUCGAUCGAUCCGAAUACUGUUUUUUCGUGGUUUCAUCCAAAUGUAACGAAGAGCGAGGCUGUUGAUAUGCUGGUGAAGGCAGGCCCUGGAAGCUUCCUGGUGAGACCAUCCGACAACAGCCCUGGGGAUUACUCUCUCUUCUUUCACAUCAAUAAUCAAAUACAGAGAUUUAGAAUUGAAAAGAAAGGGGUGAGGUAUUUGAUGGGGGGAAGAACGUUCGAGUGUCUCGAUGCUGUUAUUAAUCGAUACAGGAAAGAGCAGAUUGUCGAGGGGCACACACUCGUUCAGGCCAUGGUCACUGAGCCCGAUGGCAGUGUCCGAGUCAAUAGGGAGGUGCAGCACGCUGAGAAAAUUUAUGCUACACUCAGGGAGUGUCGUGAACAGUCUGGAGCCAAGAAGAAUAAAGGGAUUAAGAUGCAGGGCUAUCUUGAAAAAAAAUCGGAAAAAAAUAAAAAGUGGAAGGCACUGUAUUUUGUACUACUGGUCGAUGCCACUGAUACUCAUCUCUACCUUUAUGAUAAUCCCAAGAGGACCAAACCUAAGGGACUCAUUGACCUCAGCUGCGCCUAUCUUUACCAGGUACAUGAGAGUGUAUUCGACAGGCCCCACUGCUUUCAACUGGUCGAGCGCGCACUACCCUGUUUGGCGACGAUAACCUAUCUUGCCGCACCAAAUUCUGAGAAUGCUCAAGACUGGAUAAAUGCAUUAAAACCACUUUGUGUAUCACAACUAACACGUGCCCCCAAAGUGGCACGUCUACGUGAGCUGCGAUCAUUGCAUUUGCAUAUCCUCGAUGCACACAGAUUGCCAUACAAAUUGGUACCAAAUCCAUUCAUCAUAGUUGCUUUAAAUAAUGUUAAAGUUGCUCGCACAAAAGUUAAGACUGGAAUGCAUCUGCUCUGGGAUGAAGAAUUUGUCCUGGAAGAUGUGCCUCCUGAUGUAAUGUCAUUCUGUUUGACACUUUACAACAAGGGAAAACGAAGCAAGGACACGGAAGUUGCUGAAGUGUCAGUGGAGCUCGCUAAUUUACCAAAUGGAGAGGAGAUUGAUGAGUGGUAUCCACUGGUGGGUGUCACGCCCAUUGGUGAAUGGGGAGCACUGCGUUUACGUAUACGAUAUCGUCACGACCUUGCAAUGCCUCCAGAGGAGUACAGCCCUCUCCAGCAACUCCUCCUCGAUCCCGAGCUUCAUGUUGUUCGUGCUCUAGCCGAUGUCUGUCAUUUGGAUAGAAUCCCAUUGGCUAAUAGUCUACUGAGAAUAUUUAGACAUGAGAGAAAGGAGGCUGAUCUCCUGCGAUCACUCAAUCAAGCUGAAGUUGACAAAGAGGACGAAACACCUACAUUGUUUCGUGCUGCCAGUCUCACAACUACUCUUAUGGAUCUUUACAUGAAAUCAGUUUGUACGUCAUUCCUCAAAGCUGCCCUACGCGAUACCAUUGUUAAACUCAUCGAGAGUAAACAGAGCUGUGAACUCAAUCCAACGAAAAUGGACUCGCCGGAGGAUGCGUGUAGCAAUGCUGAAUUUUUAUUACAAGUUCUGGAUGAAGUGACUCUCAGCAUUUUUACGAGCCCCGACGCAUGUCCAAAGACCCUGAGAUACAUAUGUGGAUGUUUGCAAAGAGCCGUUGUGUCUAAAUGGCCACACGAGCGUCUUGUGAGAACUCGUGUUGUCAGUGGCUUCAUUUUUCUACGUUUGUUAUGCCCAGCUAUUCUAAACCCCAGAUCCUUCAAUUUAAUUGCUGAACCACCGCCACCAGCCGCUGCCAGAUCUCUCGUCAUGGUCGCAAAGUGUCUUCAAAACUUGGCCAAUUUAGUUGAGUUUGGAGGGAAAGAGCCAUACAUGGAGGUUGUCAAUCCAUUCAUACUGAAGAACAAGGAACGAAUGGUCGUUUUCCUUGAUCAGUUAUCGAAUGUAAUCGAAAAACCGGAGUCUGACGGCACAGAUCUCCGUAACAAAAGUCAGAGCUUUUCAGACACAGCUCGAGAUUUGGCAACACUUCAUCAUAUCUGUGUCUCUCAUUUGCGCGAACUCCAAGUUCUCUCCAAGACUCAACCGACAAUAAAACAACUGGUUACGGUUACUGAAAUGCUGAGUAAACACAAGCAAAAAUACAUGGAGAUGAUACGGUAGUGCGGGGAAGAGUGAAACCACUGAGACAUCAUGCCAAAAUGACGACGAAUUUUUUAAAUCAUAAAAACCCUUCUAAAAGCAAUAAAGAAAAUUCA